UGUGUCUUGUCACAAGAGGGAGUGAAAGUGUUUCCCUCAAAGGCUACUUUAGGUAGUGUACCUCUUAAUGAGAGAUCAAUGCUCUCAAAUAAAUUUUUGCCCUGUUAAAAGACCAUUAAGGAGGGCACAUCCUUUGAAAAUUGCCGCCAUCUAGGCUGUUCAUCUACUGUUGCCUUUGUUUGCAGUUGUGUCAUGAACGAGAAACCUGGACUGCUAUAGACUGGAACCACAUCAUCUUCAGUGAUGGAUCCAAAUUCUGUUUAAGACUGAGUAUAUAGGCCUUGUGGACCGGUGCAGGACUCUCCUCCAUACAUGCAGGGCUCCAAAUCAUCCCAAUGCGCCUGCUACACGACUCGUGCGCUUUUGGAGACUGGCGCGUCCUGUCCUGUUAUUUAAGCCCCUCAGAGUGCGCCAUUCUUUGUAAGGCUUAUCAGUAAAGCGCGUGCAUAAUUAACAUCAUAAUAAAAAAAAGUCAUGAGGGAUCUUCUGCUGAGGGCUGCGCUGCUGUUCUUCUGUUCUUGGCUGGGAUGCGUAUUAACGGGCGCGCGCGGUGAACCUGCAGCCCUGCGCCCCGGACUGCGCUGGAGGAACCAGGGGCGCGUCUAUAACCUGCUGAGUCACGGGGCGCAGUACGUUCCAGCGGGUCGCCGGGGGGGCGGAGGGUCGCGCGGGCCGGUGGUGGUGAUCAGGGACAGGAACGAGACCGCGUUGACGCGCCGUGGCGCACAGCAGGUGGACUCUACGGUGACAGACGAGCGCGCGCCGGCUCCCGCACCCGGUUCCACUAACCAGACGGCCGCUUCUGCAGAUGCGAGCCGCCCAGCGGCUGCAGAGGACGGGAUGGUGGCGGAUGAUCCGUACGACCCGUACAAACCCUACCGCAACAGCCUGUACUAUUCCCCGUACCGCGGGUACAACGGCUACGACUCCUACUACACGCCCAGGUACAGGAGCAGACACAGACCCAACGGAUACACCUCGCGCAGCACGCAGCACGGUCUUCCAGAUCUGGUGGCAGACCCCCAUUAUGUGCAGACCUCCACUUAUGUACAGAGAGUGCCAAUGUACAACCUGAGGUGUGCAGCUGAGGAGAACUGCUUAGCAAGCUCAUCUGCUUAUGCAAGAGACUACGACACGCGGGUGCUGCUGAGGUUUCCUCAGCGUGUGAAGAAUCAGGGAACCGCUGACUUUCUCCCCAGCAGACCACGCCAUGCCUGGGAAUGGCACCAGUGUCACCAGCAUUACCACAGCAUGAACGAAUUCUGCCAUUACGAUCUGCUCGAUGCCUCUACCCAGAGCAGAGUAGCUGAAGGCCACAAGGCCAGCUUCUGUUUGGAGGACACAUCAUGUGACCCUGGAUACUAUAGGCGCUAUGCUUGCACUUCCCACACUCAGGGACUGAGCCCAGGAUGCUACGACACUUACAGCGCAGACAUUGACUGCCAGUGGAUUGAUAUUACUGACGUCAGACCUGGGAAGUACAUCCUCAAGAUAACUGUGAAUCCAGGCUUCCUGGUUGCAGAGUCAGACUUCAACAACAACAUUGUUCGCUGUGACAUUGAUUACACAGGCAAUUACGCCUAUACAUCAGGGUGUUCUAUGUCUUCGUACUGAUUCCAUACGGAUGCCCAUCAGAAGUAUCCACAGGAGAGGAUGCCUUAAAGGAAAGGCAGUGGGAGAAAUGCAGCCUACCUAAGAUUGCCUCAACUAUUUUGAAUCAGUCCAAUUCUACCAGCAUUCUUACUUUAAUAUUGUGUUUAAAUACAUUGUAAACAUUUAAAUACAUUGCAACACUUCGACAAUAAUUAUGACUGUUUUAAUACCACUUUCAUUGCAUGUGCUGCAUGAAGUGCCUUAGUUGAAACUAAUAUCUGGUUUUUACAGAUGGCAUUUAAUACCCUCUUGUUGCUGUAGAAUAAAAGAAAAAAAAAAAAAACGGUGACAUAUUAACUAAAGCCUACUAUAUAACACUGACAAAACUGACAAAUUAUAAACAUAGCAUUACAGAUGUCAUAUGCCGCCACAAACUACUUUUGUUUUGACGAUAUACAUAUUUUAAUUAGAUACACAAUAUUAUCAUCAUUUUAAGAUUAUUUUUGUCCACCGGAAUAAGGAUAAUAUAAUAGAAUAAUAACAAUAUUAAGAUAAAUUUUUGAUUUUUGGUCAUGUCCAAAUAUUGAAUGAUAAAUCAAUUAUAUAAUAAUUAUCGAGACAGACCUACUGCCAUGCAUUGCCAUGUCAUAUGGAUUUCUUGAAUAAAACAGUGGCAUGCUACCAUGGAUUAAUGAGUUAAUAUCAUGUCACUGUUAUAUUACUAAACGUAUUAAUCUGUCUUGACAAAACGUUACAGCAUAUGACAUAUGUCCUGAUAUUGUUAUGAAUGGUCUGGCUAUGUCAGUAAUAGGUAGCAGGCUUUAAGUGAAGUGUUGCUAAGUAAACAUAAGCUUUUUAGUGUUAGUGUGCUAAUUGUCGCCAUAAAGUUCUUAGACCUUUUUAUUUCUUUUUUGCAUUUUUUUUUCAUGAGUAAUUUUGGCUCUGUGUAAUCCAUAGACACUUUCUGUAAACUCUUUCGGUGUGAAUUUUUGAAACUUUGAGUGAUCAUACAUUUAGACCCAUGUUCAAAAGCAGUGCUGUUUACUUUUUUUAAAAGAUGUACAUUACCUGUCAUAUAUGCUUAGAUUUUAUAUUUCUAAUAAGAAAUGGUGCUACUUACAUUAUUAAUCACUGUAGUUCUGAGAGCCAAAUAUUAAUUGAAUAAAGACCAUUGAAUAAAAUGAAAAAGAUAUAGAGAUUUCCA